AGGAGACGGGUGCUGUGGCACACAUAGCAGAGUCUUCCCAGUGUAUGUCUGGAAAGAAAACGGUAGAAACAUUAACCUCUCUUUUAAGAGUCCAGUCCAUGGUACCAGAAUAAGAGGGGUGUAGGUGUCCUAAUAAGAAGCAUUCUGACUGGGGCCCCUAGUCUCCACAGUGCAAGACUUGAGAUUAAAGGAAUCUUGGAUACUGACACAUAGCACAUUUUGUUGAUAUUUUUUAGGGAAGUCCUGCUGUAUUUUUUGCCAGAUUGCAAACUGUCAAGAGAACAGCUUAAUUGCAUGUCUGCUGAGGAUCUUGUAUCUAUGUUUAAGCCACAGGGGCCUUCAGAACAACUAAGGAAGCCAACAUUGUGCUGCAGCCAGGUCAUGAAAGACUAUUUUGUUCAGCAUGAGAAUAAAAUACUGAGAAAAAUUCAUUCCCUAACUCGCCAUUCCUAUGAAGUAGCAUAUGUUAGUGAACUACAACAGAGACACUGUGAGAUACAAAUAAAAGCUACUCAAGAAAAACUAAAGACCCUUCAGGAGAAGAUGUCAGAGCUAAUAAGGCAAAUUCACCCAGAGUUGUUGACAGAACUCAGGAAGUAUUGCCAGUCAGUCAAGGGAAAACAUGAGGGUGACCAUGUAGAUGACUUAAAACAAAUUGAUGGCUGUCUUGAAGAGCUCCUUAAACAAGACGUGUGCCAAUCCGGCACUGUAAGAUUACCCAGUGUGGAUACGAACACAGCAGAGUUAGGAGAACCUGUCAUGCCAUGUGAAGAAAUUGUAAAUGCUUUCAAGAACUGAGGUGGCUUGGUCUCCAUUGCUCAUACAUUUAUAUGAUCACAACUUUUAGGAACACAUUAGAAAAUUAAUCUUAACAUAAAUACGAAUGUAAACUGUUAACAUUGAAAAUUAUCAUGGUUGGAUUUUAAUAUAAUUUUGCUCAUAUAUUUGGGAAGUUGAACUGGUCAGCAUCUCCUUUGAAUUUUUGUUCAUUAUGCUCUUGAGAAGUUGUUUUUAAUUUAUCUUUGAGCUAUAAACACUACUUCUGAUUGUUUGAUGUAGAAACUUCAUAGAUACACACAGACCUGUGUAUCAUAUGUUAGUAUUUUGUAGUAAUAGAUAUUAUUGAAGAUUUACAUUUAGUCAAUGAAGAUAAACAACUUGAAAAAUGUUAUUUUAGAGUAUCUUUGCUACAUGUUUCCUAUUACUGGAUAUUACAAAUACAGUUG